UCGUCCUCGACUGCUCCAUCGUCGACCAAGUCGUCCUCAUCUUCUUCCGUUUCUUCGUCUUCUUCUUCGUCUUCUUCGGUUGCACCGACUACUUCGUCCUCGUCGACUUCUACUGUUGCCCCUGUCCAGACCGCUCCCGCAACGGUCUCAUUCACCACAAUUACCACUGCCUGGACUGGUACAUUUACCACAACCACAACCGCAGUGUCCGGUCUUGCUGCUACCGUUGUAGGUGCAACCACCACCGUCACAAUCGUUUACCCCACUCCCGUUACCUCUUGCGGCAACUCUGGCAUCAACUUUGCCGCCUACAAGAACAAAUUCUCAGGUGGCCAAGCAACCUACGGCUACCCAUCCUUCGUCCCCGAAAGCUACAAGAAGGUUACCCCAUGGUUUGCCGACGACACCACUUACAUUGCCGAGUCCAACGAUCAAUACGGUACCUACAUCAAUGUAUACGGCUACUACCCAGUUGAUGGCAGCAAUCUUGUUUUGGACCACACUUUCUACCUCUUUGCGUCUCAGACUGGCUACUACUCGCUCAACAUCCCUUACACUGACGACAUUCAAUUCGUGUGGAUUGGCAGUGAUGCAGUGACUGGCUGGUCCAGGGCAAACGCCGACAUUACGCAAUUCUGGAGUUCGCAGAUCGCGACGCAAACCCCUCAGACUUUGGCUUACUAUCUUACUGUUGGCAGUUAUCUUCCCAUUCGUACUAUGUGGGCCAAUGGAGGCGGUCAAGGAGAUAUGCGCUUCAACAUCUAUGCUCCUGAUGGCAGCUCUGUGCUUUCGAGUAAUGCGGGUCAGAACUCGGGGGUCAGCAGUGUGGAUAUUGUCAAGUAUCCUUGCAACAGCGUCAAUGGAGCUCAGUACCCUGCUUGGGGUAAGGAGACUUGA